AUGCUACUAGCCACACGUUCGGCAAAGUCCAUCCGUCUUGCACGCUUUGACCGCCUUCCCGUCUUCUCCUCCGGCAUCCAACACCGCCUCGUCGCUCGGACCUACGCCUCCAAGCCGCAGAAGGAUCAUCCUAGCCCCGUCGGCUUCGCUGUGAUUGCCAUUGCUGCAUUCGGUGCAUUCGCAUACAUCUCGCGCACACGGCACGACGACCCCGAGAAGCACCUUCGAGAGAAACGCAUCCCGCAUCCCAACCCGCUCAUCCCGCCACGCUCGCAAGAACCCCAAAUGGGUCUGUUCGACAAGUUCAAACACAAGAAGGACGGCAAGACGUCGCCAUCGGAUGCGGGAUCCGCCGUAGGCGCUGCGCCUGCCAUUGAUGCUGCUGAGCCGACGGCCAGUGCCCCCGCCGCUGGUGCUGGCACGGCCGAGAAGGACACGCCUCGAUUCGACUCGUCCAAGGUGACCGUGGUCUUUGUGCUCGGUGGCCCUGGUGCGGGCAAGGGCACUCAAUGCGCUCGUCUGGUCGAAGACUAUGGCUUUGUCCAUCUCAGCGCUGGCGAUCUGCUCCGUGCUGAGCAGAAACGCGAAGGAUCCCAGUACGGCGCCAUGAUCGCCGACUACAUCAAGGAAGGCAAGAUCGUGCCCAUGGAAGUCACGGUCGCUCUGCUCUCGAAUGCCAUCGGCGAGGCUCUCUCCCGACAAGGCGCCACCGAGGCUGGCCACACGAUCCCCGAACAGCACAAGGACAAGUGGACCGACGGCAAGGGUCGCUUCCUCGUCGACGGCUUCCCGCGCAAGAUGGACCAGGCGAUCAAAUUUGACGAGUCGGUCUGCCUGUCCAAGUUUGUGCUCUUCCUGCAGUGCAGCGAGGAGGUGAUGCUCGAGAGGCUGCUCGAGCGUGGCAAGACGAGUGGUCGUGCCGAUGACAACAUGGAGUCGAUCAAGAAGCGUUUCCAGACUUUCGUGGAGACGUCGAUGCCCGUGGUGGACCACUACCGAAAGCAGGACCGCGUGGUCGAGGUGGACUCGAUCAAGCCCGCGGACCAGGUGUACGCCGAGAUCAAGGAGGCAAUGGACCGCACCUUUGCCAAGUACGGGCAAUAG